ACAUAGAGCCAAAUCGAGCGAGAACUGUCUCAAAAGUGGCGAAAAGCCGAAGAGUAUUUCGAAUAUUUGCGGUUUCCUUUUUUGUUAAGUGAAAGAGCGAAAAAAACAAAACACAAAGCCACCAAAUUGUUUUUGCAUCAUUUUUUUUCGAGUGUUUGGCAGCAGGUGUUUGGACAGCGUUUUCGUGGGGAACGGCGGCACAGCACUAACAGCCGGCAAGGUGGGUGCAUAAAGUCAUGCCAGUUGGAACUGCGUCAGUCUUAUGAUGGCGAUUCUGGUAGUCAAGAAACUCAGCGAACUUAUGCUCGAGGCAGCACGAAGCAGCAGCGAAUUGAACGUGGAAUCCGACACUCUGAAACAGAAUCGAGGCAAGCUGGCGGAAGUGCAGAUAGGAAAAUCCGGAGGAUUCGCAGGACGAAUCGGAGCACGAGGAAGCCAUUGGCUCACGCUCCUGCUGCUGAUGCUGUGCAAUUUUGUUGAUUUUACCGUUUCAAACCAAAUCUCAACAGUGAGCGCCUUCGAGCCGGACUUCGUCAUACCGCUGGAGAAUGUAACCAUCGCCCAGGGCCGGGACGCGACAUUCACGUGUGUGGUGAACAAUUUGGGUGGUCAUCGGGUGAGUGGUGACGGUGCGACAGUCCCCGCCAAGGUUGCCUGGAUUAAGGCCGAUGCCAAGGCAAUACUGGCCAUACACGAGCACGUGAUAACCAACAAUGAUCGAUUAACGGUGCAGCACAACGACUACAACACUUGGACACUCAACAUACGCAGCGUCAAAAUGGAGGAUUCCGGCAAAUACAUGUGUCAAGUCAACACGGAUCCCAUGAAGAUGCAGACAGCCACCCUGGAGGUGGUCAUACCACCGGACAUUAUCAACGAGGAGACCUCUGGCGAUCUCAUGGUGCCCGAGGGCGGCGCGGCCAAGCUGGUGUGCCGGGCACGCGGCCAUCCCAAGCCGCGGAUCACCUGGCGCCGCGAGGAUGGGCGCGAGAUUAUUGCACGGCACGCCGGCCACCAGAAGACCAAAGCCCCGUCCGUCGAAGGCGAAAUGCUGACGCUCUCGAAAGUCACGCGAUCGGAAAUGGGCGCCUACAUGUGCAUCGCCUCGAACGGAGUGCCGCCAUCGGUGAGCAAGCGGAUGAAGCUACAGGUGCACUUUCAUCCGCUGGUUCAAGUGCCAAAUCAAUUGGUCGGCGCCCCGGUCCUAACGGAUGUCACAUUAAUUUGCAAUGUCGAGGCAUCGCCAAAGGCCAUCAAUUACUGGCAGCGCGAGAAUGGCGAAAUGAUUAUUGCCGGCGAUCGUUAUGCCCUCACCGAGAAGGAGCACAACAUGUACUCCAUGGAGAUGGUGCUGCACAUUAAGCGGCUGCAGUCGAGCGAUUUCGGUGGCUACAAGUGCAUCUCAAAGAACAGCAUCGGGGACACCGAAGGCACCAUUCGUCUGUAUGAAAUGGAACGUCCCGGCAGGAAGCAAAUGCGCGAUGAUGAAAUCAACGAAGUGACGAGACACGAGGUGGAGAACCGUCACAAGGAGAAUCGGCACGAGGAGGGCUCACGCAACCAGAAUGGUCGUCUGUACAAGGACCGCACCCAGGAGCCGGAGCUGGGCAGCUCAGCAGAUUCGACCCGUGCCCCAGCACCGGCACAGGGCACAAUGCAGCUAAUCAAGACAUUUAUAUUAGCCCUAUUGGUGCUAUUAGCCACAACAGCGACAGCCGAGGCGGUGGCACCAACAACAACAACAACAACAAAAACAACAACAAAAACAACCACAACGGCGGCGGCCACAAUGCUCUUGUACACAAAGGGCGCCGCCAGACAAAAGGACACAAAGGAAACGAAUUUGAGGCUCGAGCUAAAUGGGGCCGGGGAUGCGGAGCACGAGUACUGCGAAAGAUCAGCGACGACGGCCAGAAUCGGCUGGAGCAUGCAAGGAUUAGGAGCCCGGACACCGGCAACAAAGUAAGAUUAUUAUAGCUUAAUUCAAUUGUAAUUACACAAACGCGAUUAUAUGGGGGGGGGAGCUUAACUCGCUCGCACUCUUGCUCUCUCACCCUCUCUCUCUCUCUCUCUCCCGUGAGACUGCAAAGUCGGAGCAUAAAUCAUCGAGCUAAUCAUCUUGCUAAUUACAAAGGGUGAGGCAGAGAGAGAGAGAGAGAGAGAGAGGAAGAGAGGGAGGGAGCGGAGGAGCUGGCCAAAUCGAAUGAAUAUUAAAUCAAAAGCAAGUGGAAAAAGUAAAACCUAAAGUUUCGUAGUUAAGUGGAAAAGAAAAUGCGUUUAAAUGUUACCUCGUUAGUGGAAAAUGAGAAGAAAACCAAAGGACAAAACUCAACUAAAUAUAGUAUAAAAUAAUUCGAAUAUUCAGAUAUAUCGGUGUUCGGUGUUCGGUGUUCGGUGUUCGGUUCUUCGAAUGGCUUUGGCUGCUCCGGAGUACUCGCACACAAACAUAAAUACAUGGAAGGGAAACAUCUAUCGUGUUUCGUUCUCGUUGUCUAACCCAUAAGAGAAAUUCUUAAUUUCAGUUUGUGCUUUUGUGUUUUUGUGUGUUGUGUUUCCAGGAGAAAUCUAUUGUAUUGCAUGUGCCCAUGGGUUACGUUUAAGCCAGAGUUCUGUAUAUAAGUAAGUGCUCAAGGGGGUGGGUAGUCAUGGACUACAGACUACAGACUACAGACUACAGAUCGUUAAUCGCUGGUGUUCCUCAGUGGAACUCUACGCAUAUCCCAUACAAAUUGUAAAUAUCCACACUCGUAGUGAUCUGGCGAAUGUUUUCGUUUUUUUUUUUUGCGGACUACACUAGAAUGUAAGACAACAGCCCCCACGGGGACAGACGAACUGGACUGCACUUGAAGUGCAUCCUUAGUCCUCAUCCCAGUUCCAUGAAGUGUUUCGAAUGCCAAAAAUGACUAUCGAUGGAAUGCUUAAAUAUUAUGUAAAACAAGAACGAAACGAACGCAGAAUUAAGUGUGCCAAAAGCAUUAAAAGCAACUCACAAGAAAAGGAGAAACAUAAAAUACAAUUCGUGUGCUCAUAUCCCCAAGAACAUAUCCAGCCCCUCCUCAGUUCCAGCUCCAUGCUAGUCUAAGUCUUUCAAAGCUGACUACUCUCUGACUCAAAUACGUACAAGGACAUGCGCUCGUAUGCAUAAGGGGAAGGACGAAUACAUUUUAAAUAAAAAUACAAACUAAAGUUAAUUAUGCAUAGGGAAUACUUUUUUUUUGUUGUUGGUGGAUAAGCAAAAUCAAAGAUACAUUUAAGGGAAGCGAAACUAUAAUAACAAUAACAAUAAUAAUAAUAAUAAUAAUAGCUAAGUGAAUGUGAAAAUACUUACUCGUAAGCCAGCAGCCAGCAGCCAGAAGCAGAGAGGGGGAAACUACCAUUCAAAUCGUAAAGCAUUCAAUGUCUACUACGCUACAACCAUACCAAAAGAUAAGCCAUAAACUAAAUAUACAACAAAUAUUCAACAAUUACGCAUUGCAUAAUACACACAAAGACCCAGUGGGGAAUAUCCAA